AUGCAAGCUCAAACCUCAAUUAGCUCUACCGUAUUGCUAAAUCCGUUGAAGAAGUUGGAAAAACGAAAUGGAAGGUAUCGUGCUUCUGAAGGAACAAAGGGUCCAGGAGGACCGUCAUCAUCACCAGGCGAAGUGGAUAGUGGAUUUGGAGGACCAUUUUUCCAAAAAGAUAAUUUUUGGAAACAAGGAUUCAUAAACGAAUCCCAAGAGUGUUCAGACCAUAAAGGGUGA